UCAUCUUCCUCCCUUUACUUCUAUUUCUUUUCUUCCCUUAGGGUUUCGGUAUUUACCCUUCCCAAAAAUACCGUGGCACUCAACAAUUCCCUACCUCUCUCCUUCACCCACCCCCUUCUCCACUGAGCGACGGGACCAGCCGAAGUUUCGACCGUAACAACGGCAGCAUGACAGCGUGCGCAGAAGCCUUACAUUUUCAUACGGAAAUUUCCCAAUACAUUAUGGAUCCUGGCAGCAAAUGCCCCAAGCCCGAGGCAAUGUUUGUGUGUGAACGCGUCGAUCACAUAGUUAGCAGACUACAGCACCUCGCCAUUGAAAACGCUCAGCUCAGAGAGGUAAGCAAAAGAAACCUGACCUCUGAGGCUCAAAUAGACGCCAUAAAAGCGGCCUUGUCUUCGGCACAGGCCUUUGACAGGAUAGCUGCUGAACUCCACACAGCAAAAAGCCCGUCGAGUGUCUCACCCAUCAAAGCAAUUGUAAGUGAGCUGACCACAUGUAUAGACAAGAUUAAGAAACUUGAUUCCGCAACGGGCAACCCACCCAUCGAGGAGCAUAGCCAACUAGCCGCAGGUAAAGGUGAUGCCAAAAACGCUUGGGUUCUUGCUAAACCAAACCGUCGUCGUAGGAACAAAACAACCAGCGAUGAAGCUACUGAGGGAGGCGCUCCAAUGACUCAGGGCAACCACCGUGCAAAAAUCGAGAAAGCUAAGCUUCCUGAUCGAAUAAUAUCAAACGAGACCAUCUUAAAAGCUAAGGAACAGCAGCGAAAGCUUAUCAUCGUGGACCUACCAGAGGGAAUGGAAUCCCGCGACCUCCUUAAUAAGGUCAAGGAACACCUAAACCCUAGGUUCACAAAGAUCCGCCUAGACGGCAUUCGGUCAACAGCCAGAGGCGGAGUGGCAAUGAAAGUUGACCAGGAGGCAUCAAAAUCAGCGGUCCUGAUGGUCCUGAGCGACACCCAACUUAAGCCGCGCCACAUGGGCAAAAGAAGCCCACGGAUCCUAGUUCUUCGCGUCCCUAAAGACACAAAGGUAAACGAACUGAGAGAAGAAAUCGUGGCCAAUAAUGCACUGGAGGAACACAAACAUUACAUUAGACCAUUGCACACCGUCAGACAUGGCAAAAUAGCACCUUCGUCUCGUGGGUGGUUGAGGUCCCACCAGAAGUCAGAAACGCGGUGGUUGGUAGGCAAAAAAAUCUACUUUGACUAUCAGUCCUGCACAGUCCGGGACUACGUGGGCAUAACGAGAUGUUUCAAAUGCCAAUGUUACGGCCACGGAGCCCCUAGCUGCCCGAAGAAAGAACCAGUGUGUGACCGAUGUGCACUUGCGCACGAUACGAGGGACUGCAAUGCGGAAACCUUAAAAUGCGCGAAUUGCAUCCCUCUGGGCAGAGACCCAUCCCACGCACCUGGCUCAAGGGAGUGCGAGGCGCACAUCAGAGCAGUGAUAAAGGUGAAGAACGGUGGACUAUGGAGAUACGGCCUUGACUGCUACCCCUGCGCAAUUCCAGCAAAACAAACCCUCCGGCCAUAUAGAAACGUGCGUUGACCUGACGAUGUACAAAU